AGCAGUCAGCCAAUACUCGCUCACAUACUGCAUGCUGUCGCUGCGCCACGCUGCUGUGAGGCAGCAGUUUCUGCAGGCGGAAGAAAAGGAAGGAGAUGAAUGGAAGAGAGAGGGAGGAGAGGGAGAAGAAGAAAACAGGAGAGGAAAAAAUGAUAUAAAACUGAAAUGCAGUCUGGCACCAGCUCCGCUUCUCAACUUUGCUCCCAUAAACACAUGAAGAAACCGUGAUGAUGUCACAUUCUGUCCUCCUAUCCUCUUAUAAAUAGAUCACUGAUGGUAGGAGGGUGGUGGUAUGUCGAUUAAGAUGAACUAAAGGGUCCAGCAUAAGAGGAAGAAGGACUCCUAUGUCAGAGCUUUAGGAUGGCCACGGAAAGCUCCACUAUUCCCAGUCCUGUUGUCUGCCAAAUUGACAAGCAGUUCCUGAUCUGCAGCAUAUGUCUGGACCGCUACCAGAAUCCCAAAGUACUACCCUGUCUGCACACCUUCUGUGAGAGGUGCUUGCAGAAUUACAUCCCGGCCCACAGCCUCACCCUGUCGUGUCCCGUGUGCCGUCAGACAUCAAUCCUCCCAGAGAGGGGGGUGGCCGCACUGCAGAACAACUUCUUCAUCACCAACCUGAUGGACGUGCUGCAGCACAGGCCAGAUACCUGCAGCCAGGAGGCCACCACCCUCAGCAACAUCACCACCGUGGCAACGGGUCAACUGCUCUCCUGCCCCAACCAUGGCGGAAGUGUGAUGGAGUUUUACUGUCCUCCAUGUGAGACAGCCAUGUGUCAAGAGUGCACAAGUGGCGAACAUCGAGAGCACCCAACUGUGCCUCUUAAAGAUGUGGUGGAGCAGCACAAGACCUCACUGCAUGACCAGCUGAAUGCUGUGAAGAAGAGGCUGCCAGAGAUCGACUCGGCUCUGCUGUUGCUGUCAGAAAUCCUGCAACAGCUGACCAAUCAGAAAAGCUCCAUAGAAGAAGACAUCCACAAAACCUUUGAUCAGCUGCAGAAGACUCUCAAUGUUCGCAAGAGUGUUUUACUCAUGGAGCUGGAGGUCAACUAUGCACUCAAACAGAAGGUUCUUCAGGCCCAGCUGGACACACUGCUGCAGGGCCAGGAGGGCAUCAACAGCAGCUGUAACUUCACGGAGCAGGCCCUGAGCCACGGCACCGAGGCUGAGGUGCUGCUGGUCAAGAAGCAGAUGGGCGAGCGCCUCGUGGAGCUGGCCAAUCAGGAGCUUCCUCUGCAGCCAGGGGAGAACUGCCAGCUGGACUUUCUCGUGGAGACUGAUGGAUUAAAGAAAUCCAUCCACAAUUUGGGUACCGUGGUAACUACAAAUGCUGUCGCAUCAGAAACCGUGGUGACAGGUGAAGGACUGCGGCACUGCAUGGUGGGCGUGCCCACGGCUGUCACCAUAACUACCAAGGACAAAGAUGGAGAGCUGUGCAAGAUGGGUAAUGCAGUCAUCGCUGCUGACAUCUCUUCCCCUGACGGGAGCAAAGUCGACGGGGAAAUACUGGACAACAAGAAUGGCACGUAUGAGUACCUGUUCACUGCUCCCAAAGAAGGCUUUCUGUACCUAUCCCUGCGCCUGUACAACCAGCACAUCAGAGGAAGUCCCUUCAAAAUAAAGGCCACCAUCCACUCCCCAAAUACAGAUGGCACCAAAAAGAGGCUGAAGUCUCCGGGUAGUGGACACGUCAAGCAGAAAGCAAUCAAGAGGCCGGCGAGCAUGUACAGCACAGGAAGGAGGAAAGAGAAUCCCAUCGAGGAUGACCUCAUCUUUCGGAUAGGCACCAAAGGAAGAAAUAAAGGGGAGUUCACAAAUCUGCAGGGAGUGGCUGCCUCCUCUCAGGGAAAAGUCCUAAUAGCAGACAGCAACAACCAAUGUGUUCAGAUAUUUUCUAAUGACGGCCAGUUCAGAAGUCGUUUUGGCAUCCGUGGCAGGUCUCCAGGUCAGAUGCAGCGGCCGACGGGUGUGGCCGUCCACCCCAGUGGUGACAUCAUCAUUGCAGACUAUGACAACAAAUGGGUCAGCAUCUUUUCAAAUGAAGGCAAGUUUAAGAACAAAGUGGGCUCAGGGAAGCUGAUGGGACCUAAAGGCGUUGCAGUGGACAGGAACGGACACGUCAUUGUGGUCGAUAAUAAGGCCUGCUGCGUUUUCAUCUUCCAGGCCAAUGGCAAGCUGGUCACCAAGUUUGGUAACCGUGGCAACGGCGACAGGCAGUUUGCAGGCCCUCAUUUUGCUGCUGUCAACAAUAACAACGAAAUCAUUGUGACUGAUUUUCACAACCACUCAGUAAAGGUCUUUAACACAGAAGGGGAGUUCCUGCUGAAGUUUGGUUCUAACGGCGAAGGUAACGGCCAGUUCAAUGCCCCCACUGGCGUGGCGGUGGACGUCAAUGGGAAUAUCAUUGUAGCAGACUGGGGCAACAGCAGGAUACAGGUGUUUGAUGCCAGCGGUUCCUUCCUCUCCUACAUCAACACGUUGGCAGACCCACUGUAUGGCCCACAGGGACUGGCACUCACCUCUGACGGACAUGUGGUGGUCGCAGAUUCUGGCAACCACUGCUACAAAGUCUACCGCUAUCUGCAGUAGCUCCCCUUUCUGCACCUGCUUUCUACCAGGAAAUGGUGGACUGGAAAGACUGGAACACUCUGAAAUCAUCAACUCAUCCAUUCAUUCUUUCCACUGUGCCAUCUGUUAGGCUUUUUUCUUGAUUCUGAAGCAAUAACUCAUCACAGAUAGCUGCUGCUGGUUAGUGUUUUGAAGAAGUUGAUCAUGACUUUCACAAGACAUUUGGAGUGCGCUAACAUAAAGCUUUAAUAGCAAGCAACAGAUUUUAGGAAACUGGAUACAAACUGCUGCACUGGUUUUGAAAAUGACUUGUUUGUUAAGUGAGAAUAAGAUGUGUAUAUUAAACUACAGUUUAGGUACCUCAGAAAUAAAUAGAUUUUACUGCACUUUUACAGCACUUUUCUGUUAAAAUGCCCUUAAGAUGCCUCACAAUUUGCCUGUUCACUAUCAGAAUAAAAAAAUUGAUGUAGGAUGA